AUGUACUGGAAAAGCUGCUAUCAGAAGGCCGAAUCAGAGCGCUUGAAGCUAGUCAAUGAGCUGGCGAGGCUGAGAAAAGAGAGAGACUCUCUUCUGGCUGGUGAGGAAGCCCAGCGUUCAAAGGGACAGUCUGCUGUUGGUAAACGCAAGCGAGAAACCCCAGCGUCUUCGACGAGAAAAGCCCUACAAACAGCCCAACAACAAAAGAACAACCUUGACCUCGACGAUGACGAUAUUGACUUAAAAAUUGAAGGCCUCGAUGUACCUCUCAUGGAUCGUCAAUCAUUCCUUCACGGCUUCAUAUCUCUCCGUCAUAGCCUGCGUCUAGCAGAUCCCGAUCAGGAGACUCUUGUGAAUGCAGUCAGAGCUUCUGCCAUUCCUAUCUCAAGGAUACUUGAAAAGCACUUGGGUGCAAGACGGAAAAGUCAUGCCAAGCAGGAAGAUCAAUCUAUUAAAGACCUUUGUGCGGCCUUCAGGAAUGUCUACCCAUCAGUUCUGCAGGGGGUGGAUCGCAUCCGGCCACAGACAGGCGAGGGCGGUGAACAGUAUCACCCGGCUCUUUCCGACGUGAUCAAGGUGUUUCGGGCGUUCUUGGGACAGCUUUAUCAGUUCGCUUUGAAUGAGAACCACAAACGAAAGCUUGCAAACAAGGCGAAGAGACGGGGAUCUGCUCCAGCACAUGAGACACCCAUCCACGGAUUCGCACUGAUCGGUGAACGAGACGCGACCAAAGCCAAAGAGAUAAUUUGGACGCUGGUGAAGAUGAUAACUGCGCUUGAUGUCUCCAGCGAUGCUCAGUGUGAACUCCUGGAAGGAUACUUGUGCACAAUCCUGGACCAUGUGGGCUCAUCCUUGUCCCUUUUAGUUUUCACAGACUCGACUGGGAUAAGCAAAGAGCAGCCAGGCCUGCUUGCACCAUGCGGUUUGUUGGACGUUGCGCAUAUUGACAGGGGGUCGGCAGUAGGUACCGCUACAGCUGAAGGACCAUACCUUAUCUGGAUUCUGCGCAAGGCUAUGGAAUUUUUGCGUGCAAACAGCCAAAAAAUGUCUGAAAAGUCUCUGCUCCUUUUUGCCGUGCAGGAGUGCGACUCAAAAGCUGUGGCUGAUGACAAGGGUCUUCGGCGGCGCAUCGAAGACACACUACAAAAUACCCUUCUUCGAGGUGUGUUUGGCGAUGAUGACGACACGUUCUACAGUUCUCUGAGACGUGAGGACGAAGAAGAGGAAAAUGAAGAAUUGACGAAAAUGACGGAGGGAAUCAAGAAGAGCGAGUGCUCACCGGAGUGGUUCAUUGGAGAAGUCUGGGAGCAUUUAGGUUGGGACAUCUUAUCUGGAAGAAGGGGUGUUUGA